AUGUUUUACUCCUUUACGCAGUCUCAUCUAGCCACUAUCGAGUUAUCGACUAAAGUCUGCACUACCCCCGAACGCCUCCGAGAUACUUUGCUCCACGAGAUCUGUCACGCAGCCGUAUGGCUGCAAGAUGGUGUUAAUGGUGGUCAUGGGCCGCGAUGGUUGCGAGUCGCUAACAGAGCUCUGGCUGCCUGGCCACACCUACCGCGAGUUACACGUUGUCACAGCUACGCCAUAGAUACUCGAUUUACAUACCGCUGUACACAGUGUUCUGCCUGCAUCAAUCGUCACUCGCGCUCCAUUGAUGUUUCUAAAAAGGUGAGUUGGCAGUCCACGAAACCUUCAUGA